UUUUUGGACCAGUUCCUUAAGUUAGCAUGAAAUCUUUCCAGAGCGAAAACGUGGCUUGAUUUUAUUGUCCAUAAACACACAUUUGAAUUUCAGUUUACAUCACCACAGUCCAAUAAGUAAAGUUUGACAUCAUUUGACAAGCUUUUUCCUCAAUCUCUGGUCCAAAAAUCAAUAUUGAUAAAUUGUCACCUGCAUGUGUUUUGUUUCUGCACGUUCAUUUUCUUUCUUUCUUUCUUUUUUUUUUUUUUUAAAAAAAAGGAUGAUUUGAGCAGUGCUGCCUGGAAGAUCUCUCAGAUUCGAUCCUUCACUCGAUGCAGCGAAGUCGUCGCCUCCUCUUCGUUCUGAGCCCCGACUUCCUGGCUGAGAAGAGCUUCAGCCUCCUGGAGUGUCGUCUGGGUCUGUACCUCCAACAUGGCCACCAGGCGUCUAUCGUGGCCAUGGUUUUCCGCUCCGUCAGUAAGCUGCCCUGCAUUGAAGUCGCUCAGCUCCGUCAGGCCACCGUCAGCACCGUGACAUGGCGAGGCGUUCGGUCCGAACCGCGGCGUUCCCGGUUCUGGUUGCGGUUGAGGCUGGCGCUGCCGGUCCGGCCCCUCGCUCUGGGGAGGCGUCUCAUUGACAGCACCUCGUCCCACUCGGACCUCGCCGCCAUGGCCCUGCAGAGGGCCCAACGCAUCCACAACCAGAGAGCCAAUCAGAGCCGCAGAAACAGCCGGACUUUGACCAAUCAGAGCCGUCGGGACAGAAAGGUCCCGCCCAGAGGGAGCGGCAGUGUGAGGAGGGCGGGGAUAUGUAGCGGGGAGGGGCCUCAGCACAGCAGGAGGUGUUCAGGGUGCGCCGGAUUUACGGACCAGCUGGAGGACAUGGGGGUGGAGCUUACAGUGGAGGUGUCACGUGACCAGACGGAGAUCCCAGAAACAGACUUUGCCCCCUUACCUGACGUGGCCUCGGACCUGGAGACUAACCCCGUCCUUCAUGCUGAUCACCAGGACAACGCAGAUGACCAGCAGCAGCAGGAGAUUGGGUCAAGGACUUCUGAGGAGAUUGUGAUGUCAUCAGGAAAAGGGGAGGAGCUUGUGGUAACUCCACCCCCUACAACAAACAACAACUGAGCCUUUAAUACAGACUUUUAUACAGACUGUUGGAGAUGCUGCGUUCAAGUCACAUGGGAAUGAUCUUAAAGAUCAGAUCUCAGUCAUGUUUCAGUUUCCUGGAGUCUCACUUUUCCUCUGACUUUGGUCUUUCAGGCACAGUGUUCUUCCAGGCAACAAAAGGGUUGCAGUUGAAUGGUCUUAGGAAGGUUCCUGACUGACUAAAACAUACUGCAAGCUGUUCUAACACAUAAUAGGUGAGUCUGACAAUGACAUUCUGACUGGUCCUGGUUAUGACUAGUGACAGAACCGUUAUUCCAGGUAUCUGUAUUGUCAGUCUGACCAGUUAAAACCAAUUAAUCUGUAAUUCAGUUUAGACUAAUCAGAAUAUAGUCAAAGACACCUAUAAUCAAACAGGUAUAAUUCAGUCCUGACAGACGUGAUCAGACGCACUUGUUAGGUGAGUUUGAGUGUCCAGAAUUAAUAUUCCAGAUGUCAUUCCGAAUACUCAAAAUCAAAGUUAAAGAUUUCAGUUUCGGUUUGUCAGAAUAAUUACAGACGUCACUUAGUAGACAAGAGUUCAAAACCAAUACAACAUGGAGACCAAAACCAAUCCCACACUACUCCUAGAAAGGUUCAAGACCCACCUAAGACAGUCCUAUACCAGUCCUAAAAAGGUCUAAAACUCGAACCAAAAUCAAACCUAAACCAGUCCAAAAAAAAAAAAAAAAUCAGAACCAGUCAGAAUGCAGUCUGAAACCAGUUCAAAAUCAGGACCAAAGCCAAAAGUAAACUAAUCCUAAAAAUAAGUCCAAAACCCACCUAAGACAGUCUAAAAGCAGUCUUUAUCCAAGACCAGAUCCAGAGUAAAAUCAAUGCUAAACCAUGGAUCACAUCCAAAACUAGGAGAACCAAGACUGAAACAUAAACAUAAACCAGUCCCAAGAAAGUCCAGAAACAGUCCAACAGUCUGAAACCAGCCCAAAAGCACUUCCAGAAAGUCCCAGAGCAUGAUACUGCCACCGCCAUGCUUGAUGGUAGAUUUGGUGUUCUUGGAGUUAAAAAAGACUGUCUAAAACCAGUCCUAGACCAGUCCUUAAAAGGUCUUAAACCUGGACAAAAAUCAAACCUAAACCAGUCCAAAAAAUGUUCAUAAUCAGUCAGAAUACAGUCUGAAACUAGUCCCAAGAAGGUCCAAAACCAAUCCAACAUAUUGUACAAUCUGGAACCAGUCCAACAGCAUGAUACUGCCACCACCAUGCUUGCAAACUUGAUUGGAGCUUUAAGGUUCCGCUUUAAGGUUCUGCUUUUAGAAGAAGAACUUCCUUCUUCAUGGAUCCUCUCAGCUCAUGUUGAUGUAAAACACUGUGGACACUGACAGCUGUGUUCCAGCAGCUUCUCAUUCAUUCAGACCUGCUGUUUGGUGAUUUGUUAACUGUCCAAAAUUAAUGUUCCAGACAUCUGCAAUGUUGUUUUGACUAGCCAAACCCACAGUUAGAUAAUUGUAAUUCAGUUUGGAUUAGUCAGAAUAAUAGUUGCAGACAUCAUUUAUCUGACACUCAAGAUAAGAUGGACUUUAUAAUAAUGUACUUCUGACAAACCCAGUAGGAUUCUUGUAGCACUAUAUCUGUUUUUCUUCAUGAAUUCUCCUCUACAAAUUUCUUUGACUUCAUGAUGCUUGAACACUGAAGUUGAAGAAAAAUGUAGUGAACACAAACCCGAAACAGAAACCAACGGGAAGCCAAAACAUCAGAGCGUUUUAUCACUUUAUUCCCUUUAAAACCACUAUUUUACACGUAUUACACAGGAGGUAGAUUGAUUUUUGCUGGGAUGAAACCAACAGUUUUUCAAGUCUGACUGGAUCAAAGUGACUCAAUCCCCCAUAAUUCCUUGUGACCUGAACGCAGCACUGAAGCCCUCCAUGAACAGGUGGUAUUAUCUUCUCAGCUUGUUCCUGUAUGAAGAAAUAAACAGCAUGAAGCUACAAACACUCACUUCUACCCAUGAAACAACUGGAAAUGCCUUAUUUUAUAUCUCUGACUAAUCAAGCUGUGAUAUCGAUCACUUGUUUGUGUUUUCUAAUCAAAAAUCAGUCAUUUAUGUGUGUUUGCUCUGUAGGAAGUCUUGUUAAAUUCAUCAGCUUCUGCAUGUCAGCUGCUGUGUUCAGAUCAGGUCCUGAGAAUGAUGUUUUUUUUAAAAUGUCUGAUAACUAAUAAAGUUAUUCCACUCCA